CACCAGUGCUGCACGCGCCUCACGCGCCACGACGCAGAUUAGCGGAAACGAGCCUCAGCGGGCACUUGCGAAUUUGUGAUUAGGGUUUUAUGCUGGGUUCUACUUCUUGAGCAAGUUUCCCUCCAAAUUUCGGUUUUCCCGAGUUCCCAGCCUUCCCCAUUGUUCUUCGGACACUCAUUAGCCUUUCAUGAUCACUUUCAGCUGCAGUUUUUCUUGUGGGAGGUCUGCUUUGGUAUUAUGGUAGAACCAGAGCAAGUGGAGAACAUUGAAUUUCGAUGGGGCAAAAGGAAAGCAAUUGGUGGGAAGAAGAAGGAUGUGACCUUUUAUGAAUCUUGUACUUAUGACGGCGUAGAAUAUUUUCUUUACGACUCUGUCUACCUAUAUAAGGAAGGUGAACCAGAGCCUUAUAUUGGAAAAAUUCUUAAAAUGUGGCAGAAUCCUGAUAAGACAAAGAAAGUAAAAAUCCUUUGGUUUUUUCGACCUUGUGAGAUUCUUAAUUAUCUUGGAGCUGAAGACACACCGGAUAACGAAUUAUUUUUGGCAUCUGGUGAAGGUGUUGGCCUUGCCAAUGUUAAUCCUUUGGAAGUGAUUGCUGGAAAGUGCAACGUUCUCUGCAUUUCCAAUGACAGCAGAAAUCCACGACCUUCAGAUGAAGUUCUCAAAAAGGCUGAUUUUGUCUUUUCUCGUACAUUUGAUGUUGGAAAACAAGAGGUCUGCAAUGACAUGUGUGGAAAAAUUGCUGGAAUAGAAGUUAAAUUUUUACUUAAUAGAGUAGAUAGUUCAAAGGAUGUUAACAGGACUGAUAAGGAUGGGAAAGAUGCAAGUGGCGGUACAAUUGUAAAUACUGAAUUUGAUGAUCCCUCUCAACAGAACACUCCAAAUGGAGAAUUAACUUUAGAGAAGCAUGAAAGCUCUGUCGAGAAGUCCACAGAGGAAAAUGUUGAUUUGAAGGUUUCUCUGCCUACACAGAAAUCCUCCAAUGAAGAGAAGUCUACUGCUUGUGCAAGUGAUGGAGGACAUGGAAUGGCUAACACUAGUAGCAAAGAAGAAAACAUCUUAGGUGAUAAGGUCUCUCCAAGGCUUAAAAUCGAUCCUAACGAGAUAGCUGGUAAAGAUGUCAAAGCGCUAGCUAAGGAUGUUGAGUUUGAAGAUAGAGUUAGAAGUCCCAAGGGCUCUGCCGAAGUUGAACAUAGGCCAGCUAAGAGGGCAAAGCUAGAUACUUCUAUUCAGUCAUCUCCUGGCAAGGCCAAGAACAACGUUCAAAAGUUCGGUCUUAAUCGCAAUAAUAGUGAUACACAGGCUUCCGCACCUAAGAGUAUUGUUUCUGAAGAUGCUUCCAAAACCAAAAAUGUAAAAGAUUAUCAUGGAACAAAAGACGGCCUUAUAAAGAAGCCUAAGCUUGAUGAGAAGCCACCAAAGGUUUUUAAUGGCACGAAUAUAAAAUCCCCUUCCCAAAUAUCUUCAGACAAGAGUGCCAAAAUAGAUGGUCAAACUGUGGAGGUUACCAGAAGGCCAGAUGCUGAUAGAAGCAGAUGGUUCAAGGGACUUCCUUGGGAAGAAAGAAUGAAAACUGCACAUGAGCAAGGAACACUUGUUCUGAUUCAAAACUUGGAUCCAGCUUACACUUCAGGUGAAGUGGAGGAUAUCGUGUGGCAUGCCUUCAGUGAGAGUUGCACAGCAAAGAUGGUUCAGCGUACUGCAUAUUCUAUGCCUCACAUAGGUCAAGCUUAUGUUGUAUUCAAAACCAAGGAAGCAGCAGAGAAAGUGGUUAGAAAACUAGAUGAAGGUUGCUUAGUACUCUCAAAUGGGAGGGCUCUUGUUGGUAGCUUUGCAACUCCCCAUUUCCCGGCAAAGAAACAAACUUUUUUUGGGCAUCACAGUAUCGAUAAGCUUAGACAUCAGAUGCAACGUGAGAUGAAAGAUGCUGUGUCAACCUCGCAUUGUUCUCAGCCGAACACGGUAGAAUAUGACAUGGCCAUGGAAUGGUGUUUACUAGAAGAAAGAUCAGAGCUUGCCUGCAAAAAAUUGUUUAAGCAACAAGAAGAGGAGUUAAGAAAACUCAAGAGCAAGCUGAUAUCUAGAUGAGCUUCAUCAGCCCCGAAAGAUGCUAUAUUUGGCAAGUACUUUUGACCGUGCUAUAAAUCGUUUUGAUCUAGCAUUUUGAACCAUGUGUAUACCUCCACUCUUGCAAGUACCCAGAGGUGAUGAGUCUUAGUUUUGUUGCUCUUGCAAGUUAUCAAAGUGGAUUAGUCGGCAAUGUGUACAUUGAGAUAGAGAUGGGUGGGAGAUCAGUUAGAUGAGGUCCAAGCUGGGUGAAACUUACAGCGGAGUUCAAUAGGAAGAAAUUUUGAUUUCGGAAUCAAAACACGAGUCUGAUUAUAGCUGCUGCAUCACUGGAGGCAUGGUUGAUUAUCUAUACUUCAUGGGUGAGUGUAGAUAAAUUUUCAUUUUGCUUCUUUCCCAAGUGUAACAGAUAAAUUUGAAGCAGCCAGCCAGUGUUUGAGAGGUCAAUUAUUUAUUUAUUCAUGGACUUCUCUGCCUUUGGUAUAA